UGCGCCCCUGUACCCCCGCCUCCUCAUGCUGCUGCCAGGCCCUAAUCUGCCAUGGGCCACCAUACCAACUCCUCAAUGCGUGCUGCCAGCCCGUUGGUCUGUCAUGGGCCCCUGUACCGCCUCCUCAUGUGCUGCCAGGAUCCAGAGUUGGCAUGGGUCCCUGUACGGCCACCCAUUGCUGCUGUCUCCAUUUUUCGCACAGAUCUGCCAUGCCAUGGCCACUUUCAGGUCUCCUCACACUGCUGGUGGUUUCCAUUUUUGUCAUAGGUGCUGUAUGGCCUCCCAUUGCUGCUGGGAGCCUCCACCGCCACACUGUGGCUCCACACUCUGGUUUUGGCCCCGUGACUGCCCAAAUGAGUGAAGUGUGCGGUGAUUCUAAGAUCGACGGCACUCAUCUGCAUGUCAUGAACUGACUGUCAGUAUUAUUUCUCUUCCCCAGCAGACUCCAAGGGCAUUUAAAUUAAAAGGUACCGUGUUUCUGCACGAAUAAUAA